AUGUGCCAGCGCUGCCAGGCCCGAUUCGCCCCCACAGAGCGCAUCGUCAACAGCAAUGGGGAACUCUAUCAUGAGCACUGCUUCGUGUGUGCACAGUGCUUCCGGCCUUUCCCCGAGGGGCUCUUCUAUGAGUUUGAGGGCCGGAAGUACUGCGAACAUGACUUCCAAAUGCUGUUUGCUCCAUGCUGUGGAUUCUGCGGUGAGUUUGUCAUUGGACGCGUGAUCAAGGCCAUGAACACCAACUGGCAUCCAGGCUGCUUCCGCUGUGAGCUGUGUGACGUGGAGCUGGCUGACCUGGGCUUUGUGAAGAAUGCAGGCAGGCACCUCUGCCGGCCUUGCCACAGCCGUGAGAAGGCCAAGGGCCUGGGCAAAUUCAUCUGCCAGCGAUGUCACCUAGCCAUCGAUGAACAGGCCCUCAUGUUCAAGAAUGAUCCCUACCACCCGGACCACUUCAGCUGUUCCCACUGUGGGAAGGAGCUGACCUCUGAUGCCUGAGAUCUGAAGGGUGAGCUCUACUGCUUGCCUUGCCAUGACAAGAUGGGCGUCCCCAUCUGUGGGGCCUGUCGCCGGCCAAUUGAGGGCCGUGUGGUCAACGCAUUGGGCAAGCAGUGGCAUGUGGAG